AUGGCUGAGUCAAGUCAUAAAACCUUAAAUAUAGUCCAUUGGAAUGCUAACGGGAUUCGUGAUAAAAUACCUGAACUGACCGACUUUGUGACAAGUCAUACUGAACAACCUAUAGAAACCAAUGAUUUAGAAUCGCAUGCUAUCAGAUUAAGCGAUGAUACACUUAUUGUCAGUUGUUAUGAUCCUCCCCAAGUAAAAUUAAAUACAAGCGACUUAGACAAAAUAUUAAACGCAAACAACAAAGUCAUAGCUAUAGGAGAUUUUAACUCCAAGCACACAAUGGCACUGUAA